CUAAUUUUUUCCAAAGUUUGUUUUAUCGAGAGGCUGUUGACCAAAUCUUCAUGGGCUUAAAACUCGUUUGCCUAAUGAAUGGACUCGGUUCAAGGAGACACGCCUUGGACGUAAUCAGAUAUCACGCGUGCGGCGUAGAGGCCUGGACUUAAAGUGAGAUUCGUAUCCAUUUGAACAUCAUACUUCAUAAUAUUUCGUGUAUUUAAAAAAACAACAUUUCUUCAUUGGCAUAAAAACUAAACAGACGUAACUCCAGAAAGGGUUAUGAUUACGUCCUACGCUUGUUCCCGGGUCAUCUAUUCAUGCAUGUUAACAAAUUACUUAAAUUCUGCCAAGUCAUUGGUUUACCUGGCUGGCUCAGGCAACUCAUUCCAUGCUCUAUUAGCACUUGGGAAGAAGGAGCGUUUGUACAAAUUUGUCCUAACAUUUGGAUCUAGGAAAGUACCUUUAUCUUUGUGUAUUUCUUAUUAUUUUAUUUGUUAUUGUUUUUAAUUUUGAAGAAUAUGGUUCAGAGUUUUAUGAAUAAUUGCUUCUUUACUUUUAAAUCUUCUCUCCAGAAGGCUUUUUAAAUUUAGUGAUUUUACUAAAGGUGUUACUCUAGUCAAAUGUGAAUAUUCGUUUGUUAUGAAUCUCACUGCUCUAUUUUUUUUUGACACACUAGAAAUACAAGUUAAAAAAUCAAACUGUUCAUAAGUAAAUAUUUAUGUUCUAUCUAGUGAAGCAUGUAAAGAUAUCUGAACUCAGUAGAGCGUGACUUCCAAACUGAAAAGUUCAGUAUCUUGAGAAGAACCGCAAAACUUUGUUUGGAAUAGAAAUCGAGGCGCGACUAAAAGCAUUUAGUUCAUCUUAUCUUAUAAAAUACAGACGUGACUUAAAAAAAAAAGAAAAAAAAAAGAUUACUUCCUCCGCGUCAUGCAUCUAGUCAUGCAUGUUAACCAAUGACUUAAAUUCUGCCAAGACACUGGCUUUCCUGGCUGGCUCAGGCAACUCAUUCCAUGCUCUAAUAGCACUAGGGAAGAAGGAGUAUUUGUACUAAUUUGUCCUAGCACAUGGAACGAGGAAUUUGACUUUAUCUUUGUGUCAUUUCUGAGUAUUUUUAUGAGAGCCAUGUGGAGUGGGGCCACCUUUUAUAUACUCAUAGCGAGUUAAUAAGAUUUAUUCAAGAGAGCUAUAGCAGAUUCGUGUCUUAGCCUAUAACUUCCGGUCCAGAGCUAUUGCGAUUUCGCAUCAGUCUAGCGAUAUUGUCAUUGGGUUAACCCGCAUGCGCGCCAUUGCAGUAGUCGAUUCGGAAUAGUAUAAAUACUACAAAAAUCAUCUUUGUUGACUCUAAUGUCAAACAUAGUCAAAUCUAACUUUACACCUUGAAGAGUAUUUUUUUUAGGUUUUGCAUGUACUUUGGCACUUAAACUGUCAGCUGUAUAUUCACUAGUUGAUUACAUCUUUUUUUUUCUGAGGGUUUUGUUUGUUCAGCAAUCAACAGUCAAUCCCCAGGUCUAAAAUAACCUUCCGCUUCUAUCAAAUUGAUAUGAUACUAAAAACCUUCAGCCUCUUUCCAGACCUCCUUUAAUGUACGAAAACAAAAAAGUAAAUUGGUUCAAAAAAUUUAAUCUUCAUCGAUCUGCUCCAAUGAUCUGCUCAUUUUGCUGUGAUAUCAUAUGCUACAUUCCAGUAUAUCACUUAGCAAGCAAUUUUCAAACAUUUAUCAAACUGACAUAAUCUGUCUAUAGUAUUUCACUACAUUAUAACCGUUUGUCUCAUUACUAAAGCUAACAAGGGCAAUAAAAUGCACUUCGACGAACUGAUGAAAAUGUUAGGGGAAUUCGGGCGUUACCAGAAGAUCAGGUUUUUCAUGGUCUGCAUGUUCUCUGUUGUAUCCGCCUGGCACGCUCUGAACAUGGUCUUCAUCGGGGCCGCCCCUGCUUUCCACUGCAAAACGUCCGAGUUCAACCUCUCGGGCACGCCGCUGGAGAACGUAACUGCGGAAGACAGGCUUAAGAUGUUUCUGCCGGAAGGCUCUUCCUGCUACCAGUAUGAUCUGGAGGUGGUGCUGUCGGGCUACAGAAGCGGCUACAAAGGAAACCUGAGUGAGCAUUCGAUGGCAAACAGCUCAAAGAGAGUCGUGUCCUGCCAGGAUGGAUACGAAUUUUCUAAAGCGGAUUACGCGGAGACAAUAACAUCUGAGUUUUCAUUGGUGUGUGGAGAAAAAUUCUGGAUUCGAACUUCGAAGUCUGUCUUCUUUGCUGGAAGAUUGUCUGGCGCUGUUAUUUUUGGCCAGCUGUCGGACAGAUUUGGUCGGAGGCCUAUGUUCUUUCUAGGCUGCCUGCUGCUUCUUAUAGCUGGAACAGUGGCGUCCUUCGCCCCUAAUAUGUAUGUCUUCUUGCCGAUGUACUUCUGCCAGGGCGCCGCUCAUACUGGGGCGUUCCUUGUGGCGUACACUCUAUCCACAGAGCUGGUGGGACCGAGGUACAGGGUGUUUGCAGGCUUCGUCAGUCAGAGCUUCUACAGUAUCGGUUUUAUGACCCUUGCAGGCAUGGCUUACUUGAUUCGUGAGUGGCGAUACCUUGAAAUGGCCAUCACAUUCCCUGUCAUUCUUUUUAGCCUGUAUUGGUGGUUUUUACCGGAGUCCAUACGAUGGCUUCUCUCACAUGGUAAGGAUGUUGAAGCAGAGAAGGUCAUUACCCGAGCUGCCAAAGAAAACGGCGUGGAGAUAGACAAGAACAUCUUCAAGUCGCUAAAAGAAGAUUCAGCAGUAGCCUCCACACGGAACUAUUACUUCAUUGAUUGUGUCAACACGUGGAAAAUGGCCAAGCUCUCUUUCAAUAUUUGGUUUAACUGGCUAGUCAACUCUCUUGUCUACUACGGACUGUCACUUAACACCGAGAAUCUGGCAGGCAGCCCUUAUGUAAAUUUUUGUAUUGCUGGGGCUGUUGAGAUACCCGCCUAUGCUAUUUGCAUACUUCUGCUGAACAGAGUUGGGCGCAGAUGGCCACUAAUCAUCUCCAUGUAUAUGGGAGGCAUCGCUUGCAUUCUAUCCGAAUGUAUACCCAGCAACAGCGAUACUGCCACUGUAAAAAUUAUCUUCGCAAUGGUUGGGAAGUUUGGAAUCACAGCGUCGUAUGCCAUUAUUUAUUUAAUGGCAGCUGAACUGUUUCCUACAGUUGUCAGGAGUAUUGGUAUGGGCGUAGCCUCGAUGUCAGCUAGGAUCGGCGGUAUAUUAGCCCCAAUUUUCUUGGACCUUCAGGUUAUAUCCAAACCUCUACCCUUGAUCGUCUUUGGUUCGCUGUCUGUUGUAGCGGGCUCCUUGGCGUUUCUGUUACCAGAACCUGCGGGGAAACCUCUGCCCCAGACUCCAGACGAUGUCGAUGGAGGGAAGUCUUGUAUCAACGUUGGGAUAUGUAGAAAGAAGAGGAGUCUCAAACUGGACACAGAACUACAGGACAAACCAGCUCUUUGACAUCUCAAAUGUGCACUUUAACCGAAGAUCGUUUUGAUUCUCGAAUGGUGCAAUUAACAUCGAUGAAGUUGACUGUUAAAAAACUGGCACUAAUCACUAUCAACGAACGUCCACACCUCCUAUCUGUACUAGUAAUUGGAUUAUAUGACCACUCGCUGUAAAAUUCUUAGCAGUAAAUCUAUUGGACUAGCUGGUCAAACCGAUUAAUCGACCGUCAUUGGCGUCAGAAAAGCCGACUGUGCAGUCAUUGAAAUAUAUGUCUCGUGGUCUAAGUCACUGAUUUAAAAAAAAAGUGUUUAUAACCAACCCAAAGAUUUUAUAUUUAUGCAUGUGCGUGUAUUAAAUAUGUAAGUAGAGUAUGUGUGUAUUUAUUAUUAGCGUGAUUGAGGGCACAUUAGUGCUUGCAUGUAUCAUGUACACAUCCGCAAGGUGGGGGUCAAUGCAGAUUGAGCCGCCGGACUGGGGUAGUACCGAGACCACUUGCUAUAGUAGGCCUGAACAUAGACCUGCGAAUUCAAACCUGUGGGCAGUUUAGACCAAUAGCUCGGUGUCACGUUGUACAGGCCUGUGACAUGCCUUCUAUGACGACUGGUCUCGUUCCAACCACAAACUAAAAAUAUAAGUUUUAAAAAAAUGCAUUGCAAUUAUAUAAAAAGACAUGGAAAUCGAUCUAAAAAUUAAAAAGGCAUUUUGAAUUUUUUUCUUCACAAAUAUGGCAAUUGUUUAUUUGUAUUUUUAAUAAUAAUUAAAUGUAUUUUAUUUAUACUUUCCAAAGAUAAAAAAAAAACCUUAUACACAUAAUAAACGCACAAAUCCUGCCUGGGACCUCUGCCUACUUAAAUCCGGCCCCAAUUAUAUGUUGUUUUUUUUUCCACAAAUGUAACUUUCAAUAACAUUUCUCUGCUACUGCGAAAUGUGAAGUGUCUAGUAUUAUUUGUGAAACUUUUGAUUAUUCCGUUAAUUUUAAACCUAGUUUUUUAAUGCGUAUUGCAACACUGUAAAGAUCAUGUUCGUAUUAAUUCACCCAAAGCGUCUAUCAACUCUGUCUGUCUGUCUGUCUGUCUGGUACAAAUUUUGAACACGUUGUUUCUCCCACUUCCCAUUGUCAGAUGAAGUUGAAACUUUACACCAUUAUUCAUUGUCCCUAUCAAAACAUAAAUAAUUAAGAAAAAAUGUGUUUGAUAUAGAAAAAAGGAGAUAAACCUUACAAUAUUUAGAGAUAAUGGCUGUAUAUGUAGAGUUCUCCCUAGAUAGUUAUUGUUGUUUUUUUUUCUUUAAUUUGCUUGUUUAUUUGUCAUUGUAAACAUAAAAAAAAAAAAAAAAAAAAAAAAACAGGGAACUAUCGUUAGAAUGUGUCUGUAUAGAGUCAAAAUUUUUUUUUUCGUUUUUUUCCAAUUUCAAAUUUUUGUAUUAGUCUGUACAUUUUCUUGUAGCUUGGCUUGUUUCGUACAUUUGGUGUGUAACAAUAACACCAAAGAAUAGAUAGUCUUAUUUUUUUAAACAAUUUUAUAUUUUGCGACUUUGUAAAAGAUCCUGUCGAUUUCCACUCAUUCAAACGUUUUUAUAUUUCAUUUGUCAAUUCAAACAAUGAAGAAGAAGUAUAUAUAUGUAUAUAUAUAUAUAUAAAAGUAAAUUUGCCUUGAGUAGAUAACUAUGCAUACAAAAUAUUUUUUUUAUAUUUACAAUUGCUACAUUCCAGUCAUUAUUUACAUAAGAAAUAUUUCCAUUCUGUAAUAUUCUGAUGUAAACGUCGUUAUGCAUCUCGAUAUGAUAGAUGUACCUGAUGUAUAUGAGUUAGUAGUUUGUAUGAUGAAAUUAUUUUAUAGUUUCUGUAAAUACCGGGUAGUCUUUUCAAGUUUAUAUGUCUGUUGGAUUUUAUUAAGGGCAUUAACUACGCUUUGUUAAUCAAGGAACAAGAUUUUAAGGUAUCAUUCAUUUCUUAAUACUAACGUCUAUGGCCUAAUCAUGUGACCUGAGCAUUGUUGACAUGGGCUGAUGCAUACAAGAUGGCGGUAUUAAAUUUAAAAGCUCUAUAAACAAUACUGAAACAGAAAAGUUUUAUAUAGCAAGCGUUUAUUAGUGAAUCGUAGCCAUAGGGAGACACUAAUGAUAUGACCGAAUUAGCAUUGGUUAGAUUUAAAAACAGUAUUAAAAAUAUGCUUACACGAUUUUGAAAAAAAAAAGUUAACCAUUUCAGAACUUUCAAUCUACUGGGACAUAUGAAGUAAAGCAAAUCUGUGUCUACGCCUAACAGUUAACGAUGGUGUUAUGUGGCCAGCACAACAACCAACUGCCUUAACCUUCCCAGUGUACGUCAGUCACCCAUUAAAGUUAGGUAGACUAAUGGCGCCUUAAAAAUCCCGAAAUUAAAAACACUCCCAGUCUUUGCUUGGAUUCGAACUCGAGACCCCCAUCUACACUACCACUCAGCCACCAACACUCUACAAAGUUAAAUACUUACAAAUGGGCGCAAUAUUGUGCCAUAUGUCACAGACAAUGGUUAUGAUUGCCCUGGAUGUGACAAAAUAUGUAGGUCACAGCUGGGGCUGCGUAGCCUAGGGAAAUACUGCACUCCUCAUUAACCUUCGGACUCGAAGCCAAGCCUCAUUAUCUCAUAAAACCAUUUGAUUCAUUUACAUAAUGUCUCGACACAUCCGCCAGUCGAUGAAACUUCUCAUCCUCUACUGUCUGUGUUAAUCUUAAGAUGAUCUGUGGAAUCUAAGACAUCGCCAUUGCGAUUAAUCUUAAGAUUAAGGCGAAGCUUUCAAUGUUUGUUGUUGUUAUAAUUGAUUAUACUCCUAUGGAGUUAGUGGAAGUAAAUGAUUACUGAGUUAUAUUGUCUAAUUAAAUAUUUAUGGUUUAACAUUUCAAAGUCGCUAGAGUGACCAGUGAUUCAUAGAGACAUUUGUCAGAAGUUCUUUCGUCAUUGCUGACUCUCUUGCAACUUUUUAUGUUAUUUUAUUCUGUAAUUUACGCACAUUCCUUCACAACAAAAACCAUUACAAUGUCUUAUGUAUAUUCAUAUGUCGACCUAGUCUAUCUCUGAACUUAUUCCGACUCUAUAAUGAUCAGGUCUGUUUCUCGGUCGUUUAUAAUGUACCUUUGAUUUUUUUGUUGUUGUUUUUUUAAAUAAAUUCAUACAUUCUAUAUAACUCUUAGAUAUUGUUUGAAAUGUAUUUCACUACCGUUAUUCGUUAAGUAAUUGUUGAAGUAAAAUUUAUAGACAAAUAUAUUAUGAAAUAAAAAUAUUUUUUGUGUUAAAUUA